AUGGAGGAACAUCUUCGAAACCUUGCCGAUUCGUUGGGCGAGUGCUCAAGACUCGUGUCACAAGUGUUAGCAAGCUCUAGUUCAAGCUCAAAUACGAAAGUUCCGGACUCAGUCACUCAAGUCGUGUCUGAAAAUAACUUAAGUUCAACUAACAAUGUUGCUAGUGCCGUCGAGCGAGCUCGAUCCAUGUUGCAAAGAAGUCGAAGUACAGGAUUGUGUUCUCGCUUGAGCCAACGGGAGCGACUUCGAUCAGCAUCACCGUCCGUUCCUACCAGUAACAGAGGAAAGAAACAAAAAACAACUCCAGAACAAUCUAAACCGUUUGAAUUUGCUCUUAUGCACGUGGGGGAUGACGACGAAGAAGAAAGUUUGUCAAUUAACCACGAUAAUAUUUUGUUAAGAGGAUGUUAA